AUGCUGCCGACGUUCGCAUUCACCCUUGCUCUCGUGCUUUCCUCUGUGUCCGCUGUACCGCAUAGCUGUCCAGUGCAGAGCUCCAACAAUGCUUCUGCUUCGGCAUCAUCCGACAAGACUCUCUUCCCCAUCCUCUCCAACGACAGCUGGUCCGUCUCGUCACAGAUACGGAACGCACUUCCUUUCAAUGACGCCACACUCCGUCCGACCAAGGAAGCGCACGAUUACUCUCAUCCCUACGUGAGCGCGCCGGAUGGUGUCUACUCCAUCAAGGCCUUCUACCCUAAGGGGUCCUAUAAUCCCUCUGGAACGCCUCGAGGCGGCCUUUCUUUCUACGCCCCAGGCCCUCAGUCGGUUGACUUGACCACGGCGAGAGAGGCGACCCUCACUUAUUCCGUGCUCUUCGAGGAAGGCUUUGACUUCGUGAAGGGCGGAAAGCUUCCUGGGUUGUAUGGCGGUAACAGCGAUGAGGAAGCUUACUCGUGUUCAGGCGGCCGCCGCGACGACGGCUGCUUCUCCGUCCGUUUCAUGUGGCGCACGGCUGGGGCCGGGGAGCUCUACACCUACCUCCCUCCAGAUGCUGCCAACAACAAGGCUCACCUCGGAGGCGUCAAGCCUAUGUCAACAUGCAACCCCACCUACGGGUGCUCCGUUGGGCGCGGCUCGUUCAAGUUUGCCGCAGGCACGCGCACCAUCAUCGGGGAGCGUGUGCGCCUGAACGACGUUGGGCAGCAGAACGGAGAACUCGAGCUCUUCGUGAACGGACGUAGUAUAUUCACCGUCACCGGCCUGACACUUCGCACGGCGGACUCCGGGCGCAUCCGUGGCAUCCAGAUGCAGACGUUCUUCGGAGGUUCGGACGCCUCUUGGGCAACUCCAAAGGACGUCAAUUCGUACUUCGGCGACUUCUCCGUGGCAAUCACCGAGCAGCUAUAG